GUUUAACAUAAAAACACAGUUUUUCAAAACAACUACCUUUUAAAAAAUGCAUUUAUAGAUAUAAGUUUAUUAUUUAUAGAAAGAUGUUUUAGUUAAAAAGGUAAAUGAAAAGUUCUAGAGUAAGUCCUAUAUUUUCCGUAACACUAAAUCAAGUUGAUCAACCAAUUCAGGUUGAUCAACCAACUCAGGUUGAUGGUAAAAAAGAUGAUAAAUAUCAAUCUGGAAAUGAGAACAUAAUUUACGAAAAUGAAGUUGCAAAUUUUAACUCGCUACAAAAAUAUUUUUCGUUAAAACACACCCAACCACCUAUGCCACUAAUUUCCGUUGCUUUUAAUGAACCAUGCAAAAAUAAUGUAGACAAAGGUAUAAUACCAGAUAUAAACGAUGAGACGUUAAUAAAAUACUUCUCUGAUCACAACAAAAAGGAUAAAGACCACAAAAUAUUGGUCGACCAUCAUUAUUUAAACGAACUACUCUUAUCUAACAUAAGCAUCAAUAAUACAGACCGAUAUGGACAGAGUGUGAUGCAUGAGGUGGCUAGAGCUUGGGAUACUGAAGUUGCAAAACUUCUAUUAAAACAUGGAGCCGCAAUCAAUCAACCUGACAUUCUGGGAAGAACACCUCUUCACGUAGCAUGUUCAGUAAACUAUUCAGAAAUGGUAUAUUUUCUUAUCAAAAAUGGAGCAGACAUUGAUAGCAAAACCCAUGGCGAUGAGCAGAAGCCUAUUCAUUUUGCAGCAAAAAAUGAUGCAGUGGACUCAUUAAAUGUAUUACUAAACUUUGGAGCGAAAAUUGAAGAUCGUGAUUAUAAACAACGAACAGCUUUACAGCUAGCUGCAGAGCUUGAUAGGUCAUUUGCAGCAAAAUAUUUAAUUGAAAAUGGAGCAGAUGCUAGUGUUAAAGAUAGUAGUAACAUGGCUGUGAUGGUAUUUCUUAUUAAAAAAAUGCCAAAUAAUGCUUUACUUGCGCUCGACCAGUUCCACAGCAUAGAUCGCAAAUCACGCACAGAGCACUUUAACUUAAAUUGUCUUACUUUACCAAUAAACGAGACAUCGUGUUUUGCAAAGUCACCUUUAGAGAUCACAGUGGAAAUGAAACAAUACGAAAUUUUAUUACACCCGGCAAUGAAUGAACUAAUAAAAGUUAAAUGGGCAAAGUUUGGAAAAUGUAGUGCUCUAAAAAGUAUUGCUGCUAAUUUUGCACUUGUAAUAUUUUGGACAUUACUAAUGUGUACAAUGCCACAUGAAAAAAGUUCAAUGUAUACAGGUAAACGAGAAUAUUGGGGACCUAUUGUCGAGAUUAUAGCAGUAGACACAUUAGCAAUAAAUAUUUUAUUGGAAGUAAAAGAUUUCUAUAAAUCUCUAACCAGGUUUAAAAAGUAUAAAAAAUGGCGAGAAAAAGAAAUUCGUAAAGAUUUAAAAUAUUGUCAUAAAAAAUGGCCAGAAGAACGUACUUACUUAAAACAAGAGAUACGCGAGCUCAAAAACUCCAAGCUAUCAUAUAUAAAAGAUUAUUGGAACAUUUUUGACUGGGUUACUUAUUUUUUGAUGGCAUUCAGUAUAUCUUUACAUUUAAUUGAAAUGGCGAGACAAAACAAGUAUUCAUUGACAACAAAAAAAUAUUCAGCCUCAGCUCUAAUGGUGUGCAUGUGGCUUCGCCUUCUUAAGUUUGCACGUCCAUUCAAACUACUUGGUGUUUUUGUGGUAAUGUUAGGAUAUAUUGUAAACGACGCACUAACGAUACUAUAUCUAGCGAUGCAUAUUUUCAUUCCUUACACAGCUCUAUUUUAUAUAAAUUUUGGAAUGUACAAUAUUGCAGAUUACUCAGUUGGGAAGCUACAACUAUUUUAUAAUAUUUUUCAAAUGGCGCUAAUGGGUAGCUAUAGUUACGAUGGAAUUGCUAAUCAAGAUACAGUAUUAGCAGAAAUAUUAACCGCUACUUUUAUUUUUUUUGCUGUAGUUAUAAUAUUGAACAUACUUAUAGCUAUGAUGUCCAAUACUUUUCAACGCGUGUAUGAUAAUGCUAAAGCAAAUGCUUUAAUGCUACGAGCUGCAUUUAUAAUAAACGAAGAAAUUAAUAUGUCCCGCAGUCAGCUUAUUCAACAUUAUGAGUGGAUUAAUGCAAAAUGUUCGCCUCAAACUGUUUAUUACAACGAAUCGAAAGUUUAUUCUCGCGAAAAUAAACUUUUGUCUCAAGAAAAUGAUUUUAUAAAAGCGACAAACGAAAUAAACAAGAAAAUUGAUAAAGUGAUAAACACAAUGGAAAAACUUCAAUUUCAGAUUAAAAACUCAAUGCUGGAAAGUCAAUCUUAUGUGAAAUCUGAAGCAGUUGAGCCACAAUUGAAAAGCCUAAAGUGGAUAAAUAAUAAGACAGACAAUGAAUUCCAAAUAUGAAACAAAAAUAAUAACUUUUACCUAGUCAAUACAUUUUUUUCUUUUUA